AUGGAGAAGGGAAAAGGCAAAGCAAACGUUAUGCAAGAUCAGGAGAAACGGGAAAACAACAGCCAAAGCAGGAACUCCAGCAGGAGUUCCAGCAAAGCCGGAGUCCAAGGUACUCUUUACGAUGCCGUUGCUGGAAGGCUCAGCUACGAAGGCUACAUCUUGGACAGCACGAAGAAGCCCGUGCCCCCCGAUCAAGUGCUCUUCAGCCGCAAGGACGCUCCUAUCCGGUAUCAAGAGAACGAUGUAUACUUCGCCAACCGUAAUCUUCCCGCUGGUGUUACACUCCCGGAUUCGGACCUACUCAAAGCAAUCCAUGCCUACGCGUCCGAUUACUACGGGUCUGGACACCUGGGCGAUACACGAGAUGAUUUCUGCAGUAUGGACGAAACGGCACUGCUUGCCAUGGGCAUCUUACUCGAGGAAGCGGCUCGCCACGCCCUCGGGAAGACUGGAGAUCUGGCUUUUGUCCAAGGCGAGCGAGAAGAAGGGCCAGAGGAGCGGCCGUGA